AUAUACCCAUUCUCCCCGCUUCCCCACUACCCACCCUUCUUCCUCCUCCCUCCUCCCUCCUCUUCUUGGUCCCGAACCUGCUGGAAGAAGAACAACUGAGGAUUGUUCCUCCCUCUUAACGAGAACGCGAUUCUGUGUUGACUCUUGGUAACGGAGUCUUUUCUUUUUACAAGCGCCGUCAUGUGCUCCGGCACGCGCAAGCCGACCGCGCCCCCGCCGCCGAGGGAUUCGGCCGAGCUUCUGAUGGAGCUGGCGGCGGCGGACGACGUGGUUGGGUUCAGGCAGGCUGUGGAGGAGGACAAGGCGUGUAUUGAUGGCGCGGGCCUGUGGUAUGGCCCCUCGGCGGCCGUGGGGCGGCGGCUGGGGAUGGAGAGCCGGACGCCGGCCAUGGUCGCCGCGCUGUACGGGAGCACGGGCGUGCUGGCGUACGCGCUGUCCGCCGCGCCGCGGGAGGCAUGCCGCGCGUCCCCCACGGACGGCGCCACCGCGCUCCACAUGGCGGCGGCCGGCGGGGCCGCCGGCGCCGUCGCCGCCACGCACCUGCUGCUCGCCGCCGGCGCGUCUACGGAGGCGCUCUCGGCGUCCGGGCUCCGCGCCGGGGACCUCCUCCCGCGUGCCGCGGGCCCCGCGGACAAGCCGCUCCGCGUGCUCCUCAAAUCCCCUGCCGUGUCGCCUUCCUCGUCCCCCAAGAAAUCCGCGUCCCCGCCGGCGGCCAUGGCGAUGGCGCAGGAGCCCAGGAAGGAGUACCCGCCUGACCUGACCCUCCCGGACCUCAAGAGCGGCCUCUUCAGCACCGACGAGUUCCGCAUGUACAGCUUCAAGGUGAAGCCCUGCUCCCGCGCCUACUCCCACGACUGGACCGAGUGCCCCUUCGUCCACCCCGGCGAGAACGCCCGCCGCCGCGACCCGCGCCGCUACUCCUACAGCUGCGUCCCUUGCCCGGAGUUCCGCAAGGGGGGCUCGUGCCGCAAGGGCGACGGUUGCGAGUAUGCACACGGGGUGUUUGAGUGCUGGCUUCACCCGGCGCAGUACCGGACCCGCCUCUGCAAGGACGAGGUCGGCUGCGCCCGCCGCAUCUGCUUCUUCGCGCACAAGCGCGACGAGCUCCGCGCCGUCAACCCUUCCGCCGUUUCCGUCGGUAUGCAGCCGUCGUCCCCGCGAUCGUCUCCGCCCAACGGGAUGGACAUGGGGAUGCUCAACCCGGCCUGGCCGUCGUCCCCGGCGAGCAGCCGGCUCAAGACGGCCCGGGAGCUCGACUUCGACCUGGAGAUGCUCGCGCUCGACCAGUACCAGCAGAAGCUGUUCGACAAGGUGUCCAACGCGGCAUCGCCGAGGGCAAACUGGGGCGCCGCGAACGGCGGCCUUGGCUCGCCGCACGCCGUGGCCCAGGCGCCGCCUAGAAACAUGCCGGAUUACAGCGACCUCCUCGGGUCCAUGGACACGGCCAUGCUGUCCCAGCUCCACGCCCUGUCUCUGAAGCAGGCCGGCGACAUGUCGCCCUACAGCUCGCUGCCGGACACGCAGCUGCACAUGCCGACCUCACCGAUGGUGGGCGCGAACACCUCGUUCGGCCUCGACCACUCCAUGGCGAAGGCCAUCAUGAGCUCCCGCGCCUCGGCGUUCGCUAAGCGUAGCCAGAGCUUCAUCGACCGUGGCGCACGGGCUCCGGCGGCACGCUCCCUCAUGUCGCCGGCCACGAUGGGUGAGCCAUCGAUGCUCACAGACUGGGGCUCUCCCAGCGGCAAUAAUAUGGACUGGGGCUCUCCCAGUGGCAAGCUGGACUGGGGCGUCCAGGGCGAUGAGCUGCACAAGUUCCGCAAAUCGGCUUCUUUCGGGUUCCGCGCACAAUCCGCCAUGCCUGUGGCCUCCCAAGCCACCCAGGCCGAGCCGGAUGUGUCGUGGGUGAACUCUCUUGUCAAGGAUGGCCACUCCGGCGACCAUUUUGCGCAGUGGCUGGAGCAGGAGCAGAUGGUGGCCUAAUCCCGUUGAUCGAUGAUCACUGGCUCAUAGCAUCUAGCUGACCAAAGUUCUUUCCUUCAAUUAUUUCCCUUUUUAUUUGCUUAAUUUGAUUCAUAUGAGAUGGUUCUUUAGUACAUAUAGGCUGUUCACAAAAAUAAUAUUGUUCAUCAACAAGAAGCUUGGAUGCCCAAAGGGAGCCUUAGAUUGAUGAUGAACAGCCAAUAUUACUUUUUUUCCCCUUCGGUUAUAAAUAGUUGUAUACAAGAAUUCCAACAAGAGUUUAUUUACUUGAUAUCUAUAUAUAUUUGGAGACCAGACAGAUUUGUUUCA